AUGCUCAAGUUUUAACAUCGAUUGAGACCCAGAAAAUGGCGUCUGUCUCUUCCUUAUCCUUAUGCUUCCUUUCUGCUCAUGCCCAAGCUCGCUCCAACAAACCUCGUAAACAGCUUGCCCCCAAAAAACCUAAUCCCAAAAAGUUCAACAGCAUUACUACCCCUCGUCCAGAGUCUAUUUUCUCCGUCUCAGGCGGCCAAGCCACCACCUACACUCGCCUACCUCCCAGAGACGAUGACUUCUCCGAUUCCUUUGCAGAGAUCAAACUGUCCGAUUUGGCAGCAUCGAUGCAAAAACAAAAGAAGCCUUCCUCCGGUAGUAAAGAUAAGACAGAGGAUAAUGCAGAAAUAGUUAGCGAUGAAGAGGAUUCAGGGUUUGAUUAUGGGAAAUUUGAGUUAUAUGAGGUAAGUUCCGAUGAUGAAAUUGACGGCGACGAGUUUGAGGAAGACGAAUUAAUAUUUGAAAACAAAGCGGAAGAUGAAUCAGGAUUUGAAUACAAAGGGGAAGAAGACGAAGGAGAAGGUGAAGGCGAAGAAGAAGAUGAGAGAGAGAAGGAGAAAGGAGUGCCUGCAGUGAUGAGAUGUUUCGACAGGGCGAAAAUCUACGUGAGGUCAGGAGACGGAGGUAACGGCGUGGUGGCGUUCCGCCGUGAGAAAUUCGUGCCUUUCGGCGGGCCAUCCGGUGGUGACGGCGGAAGAGGAGGCAACGUCUACAUGGAAGUCGUUAGCUCUAUGAAUUCUCUGUUACCCUUUAGGAAUAGCAUUCAUUUCAGGGCUGAAAGAGGGAGUCACGGACAGGGGAGCAAGAUGAAUGGAGCAAAAGGAGAAGAUGUUGUUGUGAAGGUACCACCUGGAACGGUGGUCAGAGCCGCCGGAAAAGAUGGAGCUCCCGGAGAUUUCUUGUUAGAGCUGUUACAUCCAGGUGAUAGGGCUUUAUUGUUGCCUGGUGGAAGAGGUGGAAGAGGAAAUGCUUCCUUCAAAUCAGGAGCCAAUAAAGUGCCUAGAAUUGCAGAGAAUGGUGAAGAAGGUCCUGAAAUGUGGUUGGAAUUGGAGCUAAAAUUGGUUGCUGAUAUAGGAAUAGUGGGAGCUCCAAAUGCAGGAAAAAGCACCUUUUUAAGUGUUAUUAGUGCUGCACAACCAAACAUUGCAAAUUACCCCUUUACAACUCUACUUCCUAAUUUGGGUGUUGUUUCAUUUGAUUAUGAUGCUUCCAUUGUUGUAGCAGAUCUUCCAGGUUUACUAGAAGGGGCCCACAGAGGCUUUGGUUUAGGCCAUGAGUUUCUUAGACAUACGGAAAGAUGUUCAGCUCUGGUACACAUUGUUGAUGGCUCAUCUCCACAACCAGACUAUGAAUUUGAUGCAGUUAGACUUGAGAUAGAAAUGUUCAGUCCCGAACUUGCUGAAAAACCUUUUAUAGUUGCAUACAACAAAAUGGAUCUUCCGGAAGCUUUUGAAAAGUGGGAAUCAUUCAAAGAGAAGCUUGUUUCACGUGGGAUUGAACCUUUUUGCAUUAGUGCAAUAAACAGAGAAGGGACUCGGGAGUUGAUUACUGCUGCUUAUGAGCUUGUAAGACAAGGAAUUGAAGAUUCAAAAGAUGAAAUUUGGAGAGAUCCUGUAGAAUUCAGCCACGUGGCUGAAAUGGUGAAGAAGCAGCGAACUGCUCCCAUUGAUGAAUUUGAAAUUUCUCAUGAUAGUGCUUCAGAUACAUGGCGUAUUGAAGGUGCAGGAUUGCAGCGAUUUGUUCAAAUGACAAAUUGGAAAUACAUGGAUUCCGAUAGAAGGUUCCAGCAUGUUCUAGAAGCAUGUCGUGUUAACAAGACUUUAAUUAAACGUGGUGUGAAGGAAGGUGAUACAGUCAUCAUUGGCGAGAUGGAGAUGAUAUGGCAUGAUUCUCCAACAAGUUCUGGUCCAAACAGGAAGGUGCUGAUUAUUUAUAAAGUGCCUGACGUCACCAAUGGUCACUGACCAAGAGCAGCAGUUCCUAUACAAGUUAAUGUUGUAGUUCUAUUUUUGGUAAACUGAUAUAUGCAUGGUCAUUUUGGUAAUAUUGUGCUUUCUAUGUUUGAAGCAAUAUAAUGUUCGAUUUGACAUAAGUUUUAUAUAAAUAUGUAACUGGUUUUCUCAAGACCAUGUCUUUGUAUUUGCCUGUUAAAAUAAACAUUCCACACUAUUCAUUUACAU